AUGCCCGAUGGCCGCCCCAAGAAGCUCCAACGCGCCUCCCGCGCCUGUGACUUCUGCCACAAGCGGAGCAUACGGUGCAAGGGCAGCGAGAGCGAUGCCCAGCGCUGCCAGAACUGCGUCGACUUCGACAUUACCUGCUCCUACACCCGCCCGUGGCGCCGCGCUCGCAGCUCCAAUCCCGCCGUAAAACAGUCGGCCUCCAGCGUCGCACACAGCACUCCCUCCGACUCCCACCCCAGCCCGGCUCAGUACACCCAGACGCCCGCCGCCUCCCAGGCCCUGCCCUCCUACGCUGCCCCGCCCAGUGUUGAGCCUGCCCCGCCCAAGACUCCCGACCGCCAUCUUGUCUCGUACACACCCGAUCCUCCUGGCGAGGCAUGGAAGUCCUUCGCCGUGGCCUGCGGGCCCUCGAUCCGCUCGCUGAUGGAAAUCUACCACCAAAUCGUCUACCCCAUCUUUCCCUUCUUCCACCGCGAGACCCUGCUCCGCCAUCUCCAGAAGCGUGAAUAUCUCCACGACCGUGGCUUCUUUGCCUCCAUCAUGGCCGCCUGCUCCAUAGCCGCAAGCAGGGCCAGAGACGGCGCUCUCGCUCCCUGGAUCACCCACCGCACCCAGCUGGACGAUAUUCCUGCCGAGACCUUCUAUACUGCUGCCAAGGACGCCAUCCCGAAGGAUCUCCCUGCCGCAAUCGGUCUGCACUACCUUCGAGCGUGCGCUUUGGUUGCAAUUGCCAGUAUCCAGUUCGGCAAGAUCGAGUCCUUGCAUGAGUACAAGGGCCACUUCUUCACCCUCUGUGCCAUCCAGCGCUUUUCCGAUGAGGUACACUGGCCCAAGGACAUCACCUCCAUUGAGCGCGAGGAGAGACGUCGCCUGUUCUGGUCCACCUACACCCUCGAUGUCUACUCUUCCGUUGUUUGGAGUGGCCCCUUGUACCCCCGCGAGGCUCAUUGUCACGUGCGCUAUCCUGCCGAGGCCGACGGCGACCAACUGCAUGCCGCUUCGCCCGGCCUCACUGACCCUUCUUGUUGGCUGCACGGCUGGAAUUUCACCACGGAUCUCUAUCGUGUGCUUGAACACAUCGUCAGCCGUCUCCGAUCCCAUCGCAAUGCCAGUGCUGCGCUGCGCCCUGUACGCAUGUUCUUUACGCCCGAGGCCUUUUCUGGCCCGGGCGUUCUGCAAUCAGUCCUCGACAUGUACUCGCAGCUGCAUACUCGCUUCAAGGAGAUACCCCCCGUGACUGGUGACUCUUGCAAAGACAUUUUCGGUUUCCAGGCCGCCAACAUCCAAGCUACCAUGCAACUCUUGCGUAUGGUUCUCUUUUCUGUCGAGGAGAACGCAGACGUCGAGCAGAAAUGCAACGUCGCUGCUGAGCUUUUGUCAACCUUCCACCGUGUGCCUGUGCCGUACAUGAAAGCGAUCAGCACGCCAUUGAUCUACCACCUUGCGGGCAUAGGAGCAAUCUUGGGUUCGGUCAUGGAGAGUCCACUAUCCGAGGCGUCUUACCAGCACGUUCGAAGUAUGCUGCUGUCUAUGGCAGAUCUCCUUGAAAGCCUGGAAUCGGGCCUGUACCGCACCCAAGGCACCAGUCGAGGCCUACGCUCCCAAGUGGAUCGUAUUGACGAGUACAUGCGUAUGCAGCGCAAUGCAAUUCCGCAGACACCUUUCCAGAACACCAUUGCCGACCUCACAGCCGCUGUGCCCACUCAUCGCACACCUUUAAUGCCUGCCAGUAGCAUGGACACAAUGUCACAAUUUCAACUGCCGCCCGAACUGCUCGAGGACUGGCCUUGGCUGAGAGACUUUUCUCAGCAGGAUUGCGGAAUUGUUCCAUUUGGGUUUGAGUGA